GUCCACAAUUCAUAUUCAGCAUCAUUCUUUGAAGACAGCAUCACCCUUUGGCUGAAUUAGAGCAUACCACAUUAUCCCCGACAUCUGAAGUAAAAAUAGCAUUGUAAUCCGGCAACCAUGGCUAGCUUUCUCAAUACUUCCCAGAGCCUCACUCACAUCACCCCAAUCCCGUCCCCCGCCACACGCACUGAUGCUAUUGCCAUGCUCCACGACCACGAGCACGUUAUACAGUGCUCCCCCGCUAUGUCCAAGUUUGAACUCAUCACGAGCCCUUCUCCUGCCCCGCUGCCCGCGGGCAUCACGCCCCUCGGCGACACCAAGUGCUAUCAGGUCACAGACAUCGUCCACGCGUUGCCCGCGGGUCUUUGGGACUCGGACAUUGUCAGUACCUACGAGUUUACGAACCUCGCCGGUGGGCUUUUCGUGCGGAUUCGGAGUCCCAUGGGCAUCGUGCUCGAGACUGUGUGGACCAUUGAGGGCGAGGGCGAGGGGCCGGAGAUGAAAGAAUUUGUGACGAUCAAGUGCUCAAGGCUUCUCGUGGGGACCGUCAAGGGGCAGUGUGAGGGCAACUGGAAGGUGAUUCAUGCCAAGAUGGUUGCAGGACUUGGGAAAUGAGUCUUGUGUUGUUUGCAGUCGUCAUGCCUGUCUGUCCGUCUGUUUUGUGAGCGAAGGUGAUGUGCGACUGAAUGAGAGUACUACUAGAGACGAUAUUGGUACAGUCCAUCGUUUUGAUGUGAGGAAACCAUUCUCGAGAAUGAAGGGCCCAGGUGAGGAAUCAUAAAUGAUAUGGCGCUGGAGUCGAUGUCGUAACUUGCCAUGGCUCGAAUUCGGCGCGCAGUUGAACCGCCAAGACGAUGCCGAACAAGAUUAUGAGCUC